AUGGUGGUAACGAAGGCUCUGACGAAAGCACAGGACGGUGGAGCCCAAGCGGAGCAGCGUCAAUGGCCCGGCAUGGUUAUAUCUGGCGUUGAAGCCCAGCAAGAACCAAACCAGGACCAGGUCGCAUGCACAGUCUGUGGCCCCUGUCCAGAAGACGCCGCCGGCCGCCCGUAUGCGACACCAAAGCCGGCUGGUGCGCAGGGGACCGCAAUAUGGAGGUAUUGGGACCGCCACCCGAACGUGCCAUUGGCGGAUACGAUACCGCAAUACCGCGGCCCAGGGAUGGCGCAGAGCCCGACAUGGCGGGACCACCGUUCGCAUUGCGGAAUCUGCACGCUGUGGCGCCCAGUCUCGCAGUCUGCCAGUCUGCCAGUCUGGCAGCCUGCACGACUCACGAGAAUACAGGAGCAACAGUCCAAGACAAUGCCUGAAAGAAGACCAAGCGCAUCCUCACCGUGCAGUGCCCCUAAUCGCCCGCAACCCUCAAGCUUCGACGCCGCCAGACAGGACAGCAGCAUCUCUCGCCUCAUGCAGUCGUCCGACGCCCUCUCCACACGAGCGCAGAGCCCGCCGCUGCUGCAUCGAAUUCUUCAUCAACGUGGACCGCAAACUCUAUUUGCCCAAAGGCAGCCCAUCUUGGCUCACACGCUGCGGGAGUCCCAACCUUUGCCGCUGAAACACAUCUGGACUGCUCUUGGCCACCCGGAAACCCGCCGCUUCCCAAACAUUCUUUUGACUUUCGCAGAGCCCAAAGAUGCAUCUCUGCAAACUCCGAUCGGCACUCACGAGCUUUAG